AAUUGGGUUAUGGAUUUCAAGAAGUUUUCCGAUCCAGAGUUUGACGUAAAAGAGUGGGUGAAUGCUGUUUUGAUGACACCAAAAGACCAAACCACUGCAUUAGAUGUGCACGCUUCUACGGUAGUGAUGAAGUUGCAGCUUUUGAUACAAGAGGUAAACAGAUCAUUGGAGGAGAUUAGUAUGCAGGUUGUUCAAAGCAUUCCAAGGGUAGUUCGAGAUAUAGAAACAGUCAACCACGAGGCAGCUCUCUUGAAAGAUCAGAUGCAGCUUGUGAAGGAGGACAUCAAGAAGGUUGAAGAGGACACCUCUCAUUCUAUGCGUACUUUAAUGGAGCUGGACAGAAUGAAAAAUCGAGUGGAGCAGACGGCUGAUGCUUUGCAGGAAGCUGACAACUGGACGUCACUCUCUACUGAUAUGGAACAAGUGUUCGCAUCAGAAAACAUUCAAGCAAUAGGCGAUAAGCUGGUCGGGAUGCAGAAGAGCUUGGCCGUGUUACAUGAUAUCCCAGAUUAUGAAGAUCGCCGUCAAAAGUUGGAAUCACUAAAGAAUAAACUGGAGUCUCGGAUUAGCCCCAAACUCAUUAAUGCAUUUAACACCCAUUUACUAAUGGAAGCAAAGUUGUAUUCACAAAUUUUGGUUGAAAUUGACCGGAAAGAGCAGCUGCAGAGAUACUACACAUGCGCACACAAAGCAAGACUUGUGAAGUUGUGGCAAACAGUGCAAAAGGAACGGGCAGAACAAGCAAUGACAGAAUGGCUGCCUAUCUUUCUUGAUGAUCUAACAUCUACAUGGCAUGCUGAGGCAAUCAAGAAAGCUCAUCUGCAUUUCUAUGUUUCUCAGAUGGUCGAUAUUGUACCUCAUAAUUGUUCAGCUAUGAGCCUAUAA